UGAGCUUCAGUAUAACCAGUUUUCUUCCACUUCUUUUGGAUUUCCAGAUGAUGAGUGAAGGUACUUUUUCGGUAGUCAGCAUGAGAUCAUUUGUGUUCUUCUACCUCGGCAUCGGCGGGGUAGCAGUGCACGGUAUCCCUCAUUCCUUCUCCUCCUCCUCCUCCUCGUCCUUCUGGGUCUCCAGCAACAACAGAGGACAUCCAGCUUCGCUUGAUGAUUCAACUGUAGACGACAUCGAUAUCGUGACGGGAAGUCAGUUUCACGGACUCAAGACAUUCGCCAGUCUUCCGUAUGUGAAUUGUUUUUCGGACGAAGAAGCGGCCUCCAAGAAAUACGACAUUGCUGUUCUUGGCGCUCCCUUUGAUACGGCUGUCACCGGACGACCAGGAGCCCGUUAUGGGCCGACAGGAAUUAGAACUGGAAGUCAACGCCUUGGAGGAUUCGAUUACUACACGGACGAAGAUGCAUUGCAUGAAUGGGCUACCAUCGUGGACUGCGGCGACGCAACCUUGACCUGGCUCGACAACACCGUUGCCUUCAAGCAUCUCGACAAGGCGCAUCGAGUCAUAUCCGGACGGCCCACCGCCAACGACACGGUUGCAACGGUGCCGAGAAUAUUGACGUUGGGUGGUGAUCACAGUACCACUCUUUCGGCACUGCGAUCAACGUUUCGACGAUGGGGUCAGGUGUCCGUGAUACAUUUCGAUAGUCACAUCGACACAUGGAGUCCCGACGUUCUCGGAGGCAUCUCUGACUAUGCAGGUCUCAACCACGGAACCUUCCUCCACAUCGCCCACGAAGAAGGCUUAAUCCACAACACCUCCAUCCACGCCGGCACGCGCGGCCCCAUCAUCAUGCACAGUGACCGUGAUAACGACAAGCGCUGCGGCUUCGCCGUCAUCACAGCCCGGGACAUUGACAAGCACGGUAUCGACUGGAUCAUCUCCACCAUCAAGGCCCGAGUGGGUAACUCGAGGGUGUACAUCAGCGUCGACAUUGACGUUUUGGAUCCGGCGUUUGCUCCGGGCACGGGCACCGCCGAGCCAGGUGGCUGGUCAACGAGGGAACUGCUGACUAUCAUUGACGGGCUGAGAGGCUUGUCUGUCGUCGGGGCCGAUGUGGUUGAGGUGAGUCCGGUUUAUGACAAUACGGGGGAGACGACGGUUCUGGCGGCUGCGCAGGUUGGGCUGUCGCUCAUCAGUUUGAUGGUGGCGAGGCCGGUGAGUGACUGAUGGAUCAUUGCGAGCGAUUGUACUGGUUAGCCUGCAGUGAUGCAGAUAAAGUAAAGCAAAGCAAAGGUUUCGAUAUGUCUACAA